AUGGCAAGAAAGAAGUCUGCUGCGAAGAGGGCCAGAGAGGCUGCUGUGGUUAAGGAAGUGCAAGAAAAUGGGUCUUCCAAGCAAGAAACGAAGGAAACCGCAAAACCAGAAGAAAAAAAGGUUUCUUUCUCAGACUCCGAAUCUGAAUCUGAGUCUUCUUCAGAAGAUGAAGACGAACUUGGUGAUUUGAUUACAGAAGAUGUCGAGGCUGGUAUCAACAAUGUUUUGCAGGCUAUUAAGGAGAAUCCUACGAAAUUACUUGAUCCGAAUGUAAAGUUUUUUGAAGAUCCAGAGAAUUUCACUGAGACUGCUACUAAAAAAGAGAAGCCUUUGUACUUGAAAGAUUACCAUAGACAGAACUUACUUUCAGGAGGUUAUAAGGAUGAAGAUGAAGACAACGAAUAUGGAACCAUAGACGGUGAAAAGCCAUUUGUGGUGACUCAAAGAGAAGAAAGAGACCAAUUGCUUGCUGAUAUCAAAAGUGCUUUCAAUGAAGAGGAAGACGAAGAAGAUGACGAUGACGAUUUUUUGAAGAAGAAGGAAGAGGCUGCUAACCACAUUCAUCCAGAUCGUCAAGUAACGAGACUUCCAGACCCCAAUGAAAAUGAGCAAGGCUUUUUAGAAGCUUUUGUGAAUGACAGAGCCUGGAUUCCCAAGAAGAAUGACAAGGUUAUCAAUUUAGACAGGAUUGACCAGAAUGACGAAGAAGACUUUGAUGAUGCUGUAGAGAAGUUUGAGCAUGCCUACAACUUCAGAUAUGAGGAUGCCAACUCAGCCGAAAUUGUGUCAUAUGCUCGUAACCAAGCUACGAUCAGAAGAUCUGCCACUAACAGUCGUAAGAGACAAAGAGAAAAACAGCAAGAAGUGAAAGAACAAGAGAAUAAUGAGAAGGAAGCUUUAUUGAAGAAAAAGAAGACUACCAAAUUGAACAAGGUUAUGGACAGAUUGCAAAAGAUAAAAGAAGCGGUAGGAGGAGAAAUGAAAGACGAAGUUAUUGAAAAGGUUUUUGGAGACAGUUUGCUUAAGGAGGACUUUGAUGAUGCUGACUGGGACAACAAAAUGGCGGAAAUAUUCAACGAGCAAUAUUAUGGCGAUGAGAAUGAAAAGCCCGUGUGGGAUGAAGACGAUGAGAUCAUGGCCGAUUUCCACAAGGGUGAUGAUAAUGAUGAAGAUGAUGGACCAGAAGUAGAUGAGGAGGAAGAGGAAGCAGAUCAGGAGCAAGAAAAAACAAAGAAGAAGUCCAAGAAGGAUAAGUUGAAGGAAAAAAAGUCAGUCAAGAAAGACAAAGAGCUGUUGAGAGUUAAGGCACAAGAAAUAGUAGAGGCCAAUACUCAUGUUCUCAUUGAUGAAGUUGAAGAAGAAAGAGGACGUUCUAAGGGUAAAGAAGAUCUUCUAUUUAAGUACCGUGAAGUUUCACCAGAGUCAUUUGGUUUGACUACAAGAGAAAUCUUGCUUGCUGAUGAUAAGCAGUUGAACACCUUCAUUGGUAUUAAGAAAUUUGCACCAUACAGACCCAAGGAACUGAGAAUGAAGGACAAGAGAAAGUACACCAAGAAGAAGCAGUUACAGGAAUGGAGAAAGGAAGUGUUUAAAGACAAAAAUGGUCCAGCUGCUCCUGAAGAUGACAAGUACGAUAUCUGGAUACCUACGGAAGAGGAAGAGACAAGAAAGAAAUCACACAAGGAUAAAAGUCAUAAGAAGCACAAGUCGAAGUCAAAAUAG